AUGGCCACCUACUCCGCUACCCAGUUCGAGAAGGCCGUCGCCCUCAUCCGCGACCUCCCAAAGGACGGCCCGGUCAAGCCCUCGCAGGACGACCAGCUCCUCUUCUACGGACUCUACAAGCAGGCCACCGUCGGUGACAAUGACACCGCCAAGCCCGGCAUGCUCGAUUUCACCGGCAAAUACAAGUGGGAGGCCUGGAACAAGCAGAAGGGCGUCUCGUCCGAGGCCGCCAAGUCCAAGUACGUCGAGCACUUCCUCGCCCUGCUCGAGAAGAACCCGGGCGCCGAGAGCGACAAGCUCAAGGCCGAGGUCCUCGCCGCCUAA